UGUUUUAUUGGAUUUCCUAUUACAUUUACCGAAUCGCACAUUUGAUGUGUAAUCAUAGAUUACACGAACCUUGUUCCACCAUAUCGUGUUGAAUAACAAUAGAAAAUAUGUCAUGUAGGACAUUUCUUGAGAUUUAUUUAAGGGAGACCAUCAAUAUUAAACUUUAUGUAUAUGCAUUGUGUAACGGACGGGUUGUCUUCUCUCAAUACAAGAUAACGGAUACAUCGUGCAAAACGAAAACUAGGACAUCUCAGUCACUAUGUGUUUAAGAGGAGAAGAAUAUUUAAGGUCUAUUACGAAUUUGCCAGAUUAGGGUUAAAAGGUUGACGAUAUUUUCUGUGAUAUUUGGCGCACUGGUGUUUCGGAGUUUGUGUCAAAAAACAUCAGUUGACAGAUUUAAAGCAAUGACGGACUCUGAACGUAUAGAGUCUAAAACCAAGGGGUUGUCUAUUAAAAGGGGAAGCACGGUUUUGAUUGCGGUGGAUGGUAGUGAGUAUUCGGACUAUGCUUUCCAUUAUUAUGUAGAAUCCCUUCACGAGCCAGGAAACAGAGUGAUAGUCGCUCACUCGAUGGACUACAAAGUUGUAUUGGUCCCAAGCGGCUCUUCCGGCGAUCUGGUCACGGUCUCCCCAUCCAAUCUGACUGCAGAGAUCGACAACGAGGACAGGAUGGCACAAGAUCUCGCGGCAAAAUACGACGCGAAAAUCAACGAGCUUAAGCUUGAAGGAACCGUAGAGGUCACGCGAGGUGAAGCAGGGCCGGCCAUCUGCGCCCUGGCGUCCGACAAAAACGUGGACUUCAUUGUCGUUGGCAGCCGGGGCAAAGGCAUGCUCCGACGAACGCUAACCGGAAGUGUGACAGAUUACAUCGUACACCACUCAAACAUACCAGUGCUUGUCACGCGCCACAAAGAUCACUCGAAGCAUCACGGGAUUCAUUUUCACAACCCGUUUCAUCGCGAGCACAAGAAGAGCGAAAGUCGUGAACACAAAAAGAGCGAAAGCGACAGCGUUGGGAAAGGAGGCUCGAAAGAAGAAUCGCAUAAAACUUAAGACCUGCUAAAGGGCGGACAUAUCCGAACGUCUGCGACAUGCCACACAGUACAUAAGGGCGUAUACGCAGAAUGGCAGCAGGACGGCCAACACAAGGAACGCCCAUUCAAGUGACACACCCACUGUCAGAAGGAUUGGUACCACAACGCACACGAGGUUCUCAUGUGGAAUCCCGUGCAUUCCGUGGAAAACUAACAGCGUUCCUGGAACAACGGCAUAAACAAGCUCUGUAAACGCAUACGUGUGUAAUUUUGUUAAAUUAUUGAAUUUUUAUAGAAAAUUAAACGCCGUUGCUUAGCAGUCAAUCAGUUCAAAAUACAAUUCGACCAUUAGAAUACCAAAUAUUGAAGCUGUUUGUUUUAGAGAACUGUACAAUUUCUUCUUUAUGACUUUAAAAGAGGAAAGCGAAGGCUAAUACGGGGCAUUUGCAUUUUGAGAAAACAUUUUAUUUUAAUAGUAUUUGUUAACUGAUUGCUUAAGACAUGUGUUUCUUAACAUAAAUAAUAAGUAAAUACAAAGAUGAAAAAUGGAUUUAUGAAUUAAUUGGUAGAUUGAACUUAAUACCGUCCUUAUUCCCCAUUUAUGUACAGUUUGUCAACCGGUUCCGUAUAAUCAACAGUUCCGAUUUAUUUGUAUUUAAUUUUCCAUAAUGCUCCAAUAAAAACAAAAUGUUAAGUGUCUAAGGGGAACAUUAGGUAAAGGAAUAAAUUAACACAGUUUUAUCAAGAACGCUUUUGUAUUAUGCUUACAUGGGGGAUAAAUGCAGCAAAAAGUUAACCGGAACUGAUUACAUGAGUUACGUUUUGAAAUGUGCAUAUGGAUAUAGAAGGCAUUAUUAUUUUCAAAUAAACUUUUUGCUGAUUGAAAACAAAUGCAAUGACAAUCUUUUGAAAUACUAACUCUAAAGUUGAAUGAUUUUUAAUAAUUUUCCAAAGGGUGAACUUUAACUGGCUAUUUUAGUAAAAAAACUGCAUAUGCCGUCUGGCCUAACCUGUUAUCAUACAAAAUAAAUUUUACCAUUUUUUUUUUACAUCUUCUCACAUUAACACUAAAUCCUGAAGAAAUUAUUGUGGUCGAAUUAUUUUUUUGCCGGGUAAUUUUAAACUGGUUGACUGACUGUAUUAUCAGUCUUUCCAUUAUAGGAACGAAUCUCAUUCGUACAAAACAUGCCCAUUUAUUAAUACAUAAAUAUCACACAAAACAGUAUAUUACAUCGCAUAUUAUAGUUUACUUAUUAUUCUUAAAAUGCGAAUAAUGAAAACGACAAAUAAACCUGCCAAUGCAUG